AUGCCCAAAAGACCGCUUGCGGCGCGAGGAGGCUCCCAAAGGGACGGCGGCGGCCAAGGCCAACGGCCUCGGCGCGAGCCCUCUGGCACGGGGCACACACGCGCUCGCUCGCACACGGCCACGGACCGACUGGCCGGCGAUGGCCACCGAGUAAGCCCCCCUCCCGACGGCCGCGGUGAGAGGGGCUGGACCGCGACGAGGCACGGGGGCCCCGCCCCAUGGGGGGAAGCGGAGCCUGGGGGAGAAGGGACUCCUCCUCCCCACCGGCCCGACCGCCCCGACCCCAAGGCGGACGGGCGACCCCCCCUAGGGGUCUUUAAACCUCCGCGCCGGGACGCGCUAGGUACCUGGAGAGAGGGAGGCGGGCGAGGCGGGGCAGGGAGGGGGGAAAGCGCCGCACCCAGGCGCCCCCAACGACCGCCGGCCCUGACGACGGGUAACGAACUCCGUCCGUCGCGCGGCCCGCCCUCGGAACGCGGGUCUUACGUGGCACUGACGGCCCGUGACGCGGGAGCCACUCGGCCGCCGGCCGACCACCGCCCCCACCGCAAAGCAGCGCCGCCGCCGCCGCCGCCGAGGGCAGGGAGAGAGGGCCCGGGCCAAGCGGCGGCAGGAUCGGAGCAGUGGAGCGGAGGCAUGGAGGACCAACGGCCGGGAGAAAACCCGGCCCAGAGCCGGCGGCGGGAGGGCAAAGCCCAUCCCGAGACGCGCCGAAAACACCACGGGGCAGCCAAGGCCGCGCGACCGGAGACAGAGACGCGCGGGGGGCACGGCGACUACCAUCGAAAGUUGAUAGGGCAGACGUUCGAAUGGGUCGUCGCCGCCACGGAGGGCGUGCGAUCGGCCCGAGCGAGGACCGACGACGGGCCGCCCGACAACUCGACCGAGGGCACAAGCGGCGCGGGGCCGCACCGCGGCGUCGCGGAGGGACGAGGGGGGAAGCCCCAAGCUCCCCCACCACCACCACACCCCAGACACGGACCUCCCCCUCGACGGCCCGGGGCACCGAGCAGUCACGUCGGGACCGGCCGACACGCGCGCGCCCUCGCUCGAGCGGACAGGAGAGGGGUGGCAACGAGGGCCAAGGCCCAAGGCCCAAGGCCCCUCCCCCCACCCACCCACCCACCCACCCAGGAGCGGCACGGCUAUGACGGCCGGCCCGCAGCGGCUAGCCGGGUCCCGACUCGCGCUCAGGGGGACACCCGAGAAGCACAUCACCCAGGGACACCCGCCCGGCCACGGCGGCCAGGGGGUGACACCCACACGAGGGGAGAGACAGCGGCUGACAACCCCGGGAGGGAGAAUGCCUGA